AUUUCCAGAUCAUUCUCAGGAUCUCUCUAGUCUCACCCUUCUUGCCCUAUAAAACCCCGUAUUCUGCUGCAUUGUAUCCGAUUACCAUCAAUCUCCAAUCAUUCGCUCUUCCGAGUGCCCAACUCAUUCAUGGCCGAAGAAGCCAAAGCCAAAGGCAACGCCGCCUUCUCCUCAGGCGACUUCUCAGCGGCAGUUCGUCAUUUCUCCGAUGCGAUUGCUCUUGCUCCCACCAAUCACGUCCUCUACUCCAACCGAUCUGCUGCCUACGCCUCCCUCCAACAAUACUCUGAAGCCCUAGCCGAUGCCAAGAAGACUGUUGAGCUGAAGCCCGAUUGGUCCAAGGGCUACAGCCGUCUCGGCGCCGCUCAUCAAGGGCUUGGUCACUUGGACGAUGCUGUUUCCGCCUAUAAGAAAGGCCUCGAAAUCGAUCCCAACAACCAGGCCCUGAAAUCAGGUCUCGCCGAUGCCCAAGCCGCUGCUUCCCGUCCCCCGCCCCCGCCGAUGGGUUCGUCCCCCUUCGGCGAUACUUUCCAGGGACCGGAGAUGUGGACUAAAUUAACGGCCGAUCCAACGACUAGGGCCUAUCUGCAGCAGCCCGAUUUUUUGAAGAUGAUGCAGGAUAUUCAGAGAAACCCUAACAAUCUGAAUAUCUAUUUGAAGGACCCAAGGGUGAUGCAAGCCCUGGGCGUUUUGCUCAAUGUGAAGCUCCGGACUGCGCCGGAGGGUGCGGACUUUCCUGAAUCUUCCUCGCCUGAGAGAAAGAGGCCGGCUGAGUCGGAGCCGGCGAAAGAGCCGGAGCCGGAACCGGAACCGAUGGAGAUCGGUGGGGAGGAGAAGGAGGCAAAGGAGAGGAAGGCAAAAGCACAGAAGGAGAAGGAGGCUGGCAAUGCCGCAUAUAAGAAGAAAGAUUUUGAAACUGCGAUCCAACAUUAUACCAAGGCUAUUGAAUUGGAUGAUGAAGACAUAUCCUUCAUCACAAACCGAGCUGCUGUUUACUUGGAAAUGGGUCAGUAUGAAGAAUGUAUCAAGGAUUGCGACAAAGCUGUUGAAAGGGGAAGAGAGCUUAGAUCAGACUAUAAGAUGGUAGCAAGGGCCUUGACUAGAAAGGGAACUGCCUUGGUGAAAAUGGCAAAAUGUUCAAAGGACUAUGAACCUGCUAUUGAGACUUUCCAGAAAGCUCUUACAGAGCAUCGCAACCCAGACACAUUGAAGAAGCUCAACGAAGCUGAGAAAGCAAAGAAAGACCUAGAGCAGCAAGAGUACUUUGAUCCAAAACUAGCGGAUGAGGAGCGUGAGAAAGGUAAUGAGUACUUCAAGCAGCAAAAGUAUCCAGAGGCUAUAAAGCAUUACACAGAAUCCUUGCGAAGGAAUCCCAACGACCCAAAGGCGUACAGCAACAGGGCUGCAUGCUACACAAAACUGGGGGCAUUGCCUGAGGGACUAAAGGAUGCAGAAAAGUGCAUUGAACUUGAUCCAACUUUUUCCAAGGGGUAUACCAGAAAAGGUGCAGUACAAUUUUUCAUGAAAGAAUAUGACAAAGCCUUGGAAACAUACCAGGAGGGACUGAAACAUGACCCAAGCAAUCAGGAACUAUUGGAUGGUGUGAGAAGAUGCAUAGAACAAAUUAACAAGGCUAGCCGUGGGGAAAUAAGCCCUGAGGAACUAAAGGAGAGACAGGCCAAGGCUAUGCAGGAUCCAGAAAUUCAGAACAUCCUCUCAGAUCCUGUUAUGAGACAGGUGUUGAUUGACUUCCAGGAGAAUCCAAAAGCUGCACAGGAACACACAAAGAACCCUCAGGUGAUGAACAAAAUCCAGAAGUUGGUCAGUGCGGGAAUUGUCCAGCUCAGAUGAAUUUGAAAGGAGACUUUAAAUUUAUGAGCAAAGCAUUUUCAUUUAUCAUUUUGUACUUUGCAGUGUGAAUCUGAGUGGAUUAUUCAAUGGAACCAAUUUAACUGUUGAAAAUUUUGAAUAGGUUAUCUUUUAUGUUAAUCUGUGGAUAUCAUCUCA